AUGGGUCGCUCUCAGGAGCUCAGUGACUCCAAGCGUGGUCCCGUGAUAGGUUGUCACCUGUGCAAUAAGUCCAUCCGUGACAUUUCCUGGCUACUAAAUAUUCCACGCUCAACUGUUAGUGGGGAUUAUAACAAAGUGGAAGCAACUGGUAACAACAGCAACUCAGCCACCAAGUGUGCAGAAGUUGCCAACUGUCUGCAGAGUCAAUAGCUAAAGACCUCCAAACUUGUGAAGGGCACUCUUAAGGCGUCAGCAUACCAAGACAUUUUGGACAAUUUCAUGCUCCCAACUUUGUGGGAAGAGUUUAGGGAUGGCCCCUUC